AUGUUCAAGUUCCAGUUCGAGAACGAAGAAGACGACAGUCCGCAACACAUCAACCAACCCCAAAUCAAAACAACGACACAUGAUGCUGCACCAUCUAAGCGCUUAUCUCCGUUACCAUCGCAAACGCCAUACAAAGGAUCGCUCCUCUCCAUAACUCCCAAAACACAGCUAUAUCAACGUGACGUGGCAGACCUCCGUACGUCCAUGCUACAGUCUUCUGCAUCUUCCGAUGAAUCGUGGAUCAAGGACACAUUCAAUGAAAGUGGCAGUGAUGUUAUACUUGGGAGAUAUGAAGGUGGCUUCAAGACUUGGGAAAGCAGUCUAGAUCUUGUGGGAGUGCUGGAGCGUAUUGACGAUGCGUGGUGGAGUGGGAAGAACGUAUUAGAGUUGGGAUGCGGGCAAGCUCUACCAGGAAUGUACUGCCUCAUUCACGGUGCUAAAGUUACGUUUCAAGACUAUAAUGAAGAAGUGCUUACACUUCUUACCCUUCCAAACACAAUCCUAAACACCUCUUCCCCGUCCCAAAAACCAAAAUCAAUCACAGCACAAUCUCAACCACCUCAGACCGCCUCAUUCAUAUCAGGCGACUGGCUCACAACACCCACUCUCCUCUUACCCAACUCAUUCGAUGUGAUACUCACCGCCGAAACGGUAUACCAUGCUGAAUUCCACGCUCGUCUCUUCGAGCUAAUCAAGUAUGCACUAAAGCCUACUGGAUCAGUGUAUCUCGCAGCAAAGACCAAUUAUUUCGGAUGUACAGGUUCACUUCCUCAGUUCCGCGCUCUUGUUGCGCAAGAUGGGAGUAUGGAAUGGACUACUGUGUUUGCUGUAACAGAGACGGUGCGACGGGAGGUUGUCAAGAUGGUGUUUAAACAGUGA